AUGUCACAUACGUCAGAUUCAAACACAAUAGAUAAUGCAAGUGUUGAUUCAGAAAAAGUAAAAGAUUUUGCAGGAAAUGAUAAUACGGGAAAUGAUUUACAUCCAACAAAAAGUAUAAUUGAUAGAAUUCGUUCUAAAGAAUCAAUUGAUGAUGAAAUAGAAUUGAAAAGAUUAGUUACUAAUAAUAAAGGUGUUGAAAGAAUUGUAAGUGAUUUACAAGAACGUUCGGGUGCUUUGGGACCUUUAGAACAACCAUAUGAUAUGAAAAAAGUUGAAACACAUCCAGAUCCAAACUCUGAUUUUAAUGCUGAUGAUGAAUGGAAAUAUCCACUUGAUGAAGACUCAGCUUUAAGAAUUGUUGAAUUUGUUGAUGGUGAUAAGAAAAAUCCAAAAAAUUGGAGUAAUGGAAUAAAAUGGGUUUAUACUGGUUUAUUAGGAGGAAUGUGUUAUGCAGUUGCUUUAGGUUCAGCUAUAGUUACUGGUGAUAUGGAAAGACCAUCUAAACACUUUGGUGUUUCAACUGAAGUUAUGAUUUUAUCUUGUGUUACAGUUUUUGUUAUUGGUUUUGGUGUUGGUCCAUUAGUUUUUGCUCCAGUGUCUGAAGAAGUAGGUAGAAAACCUGUUUAUGCUGUUACAUUGUUUGUUGCUGUAAUAUUUAUUAUACCUUGUGGUGCCGCAAGAAAUAUUGGUACAUUAUUAGUUUGUAGAUUGAUAGAUGGUAUUGCAUUUUCAGCACCGAUGUGUUUAAUUGGUGGUUCAUUAGCAGAUAUGUGGGAAGGACCAAAUAGAGGUGUUGCCAUGGCUAUCUUUUCAGCAGCUCCAUUCUUAGGUCCAGUUUGUGGUCCAGUUUUUGGUGGUUUAUUAGCUGAUCAUUCUCCAACUUGGAGAUGGGUUUAUUGGGCUUAUUUAAUCAUUGCAGGUGUAUUUUAUGCAAUCUUUAUUACUUGUGUUCCUGAAACUCAUUCUGGUACUUUAUUGAAACAAAGAGCUAAAAAAUUAAGAAAAAUAACUGGUGACACAAGAUAUAGAUCAUUAAAUGAAUUACAAGUUAGAGAUUUUAAAGAAGUUGCUAAAACAUCAUUAUUAAGACCGUUUGUAUUAUUAUCAGAAUUAAUUGUCUUCUUGAUGACAAUCUAUAUGGCUAUUAUUUAUGGAUUAUUAUAUAUGUUCUUUUUUGCAUAUCCAGUCGUUUUUCAAGAAGGUAAAGGGUUUUCAAAUUCAUUAACAGGUGUUAUGUUUAUUCCAAUUGGUGUUGGUGUUAUAGUAGCUACUGCUGCAGCUCCAUUUUUCAAUAUUGACUAUAAUAAAAGAGCUCAGAAAUACAGAGACAAAGGAGAAUUACCACCACCAGAAUUAAGAUUAAUUCCAAUGAUGAUUGCUUGUUGGUUUGUUCCAGUUGCUUUAUUCGCAUUUGCAUGGUCUUCAUAUCCACGUAUUUCAUGGGCAGGUCCAUGUUUCUCAGGUUUAGCAGCAGGUUUUGGUUUCUGUUGUUUGUAUAAUCCAGCAAAUAAUUAUAUCGUCGAUUCAUAUCAACAUUAUGCUGCUUCAGCUUUGGCUGCAAAAACUUUUGUUAGAUCAAUUUGGGGAGCUUGUGUUCCUUUGUUUACAAUUCAAAUGUAUCAUAGAUUAGGUUAUGAAUGGGCAUCAUCAUUAAUGGCAUUUAUUUCAUUAGCAUGCUGUUUAAUUCCUUACAUGUUUUUUAUUUACGGAGCUAGAGUUAGACAAUUUUCUAAAUACGCAUUUACCCCAGAAAUGGAUGCUAGAAAAGCGGACAUUGAAAAUCAUGGACAUGGUCAUUAA